GCGGUGGGGGCACGUAACGCAUGCAAGUCGCAUGGCCGUUCCGGGGUAAUGGUGAUAAAAGGGGGGAAUUCUCUACGCCGUGGAGCAUCGAGGCCUAUGUGGUGUUGGAUCGAGCUCAACUGAAUAACUUGCCAUGGGUGCUCUUCGUCUCUCCUUCGGAAUAUUACUCCUGGUGGCUUUGUCAGCUUCGGGAAAGACAUUCCCUUUUGAGGCUGUCCGGUUGACUCAAGCUGAUGCUCGAAGUUUCCCGGCGAUCGGAUUUGGCGACAGAGAGGCAGCGCCACCCUGGUCUAGCACCACCCCGAGUUGCCGUGCAUGGCCUGGGAGUCACGACUGGCCUAGCGACCCGGAGUGGAAGCAACUUAACGUUUCCCUUGGCGGUGCCCUCCUCCGGCCUUCUCCUGCAGCAUCUGCCUGUUACCAAGGAGACAAUUACAAUGAAACCACUUGUCGGUGGCUUCUAGAUGAGUCGAGGAGGACACAUUUCUGGAUCGAGGAACCGCUCUCAACACUCACACAAUGGCCCCAAGGAAGCACAUGUCCUUUGGCCCUAAACGCUGAAGGGACCUGUACUCGAGGAGGGUUCCCAGAAUAUGUCGUCAACGCCACAACUGUGAAGCACGUCCAGGCGGCGGUCAACUUCGCCAGGAACAGAAAUAUCCGCCUCGUCAUUAAGAAUACUGGGCAUGACUUUGGCGGUCGGUCUAUGGGGGCGGGGUCGUUAAGUAUCUGGGUGCACAACUUGAAGGACUUCGAAUUCAUUCCUGAAUACACCGUAGGCCGCUAUUCGGGGAUGGCGGUUCGGGUUGGAGCCGGCCUGGAGAGUUGGGAGCAUUUCAACCACAUGGCAGCGAACAAUAUCUCAGUCGUUGCCCCCGGUGGAGGCACUGUCGGCGCCGUGGGAGGGUGGAUUUCCGUCGCUGGUCACGGUUCCCUGACCUCCAAGUACGGCCUAGGGGCGGAUCAAGUGUUGUCCAUCAACGUUGUGACAGCCGAUGGUCGUUUCCUCACCGUCGACCCUAACAAACACAAAGACCUAUGGUGGGCACUCAGGGGGGGUGGACCAAGCACGUUUGGCGUUAUCACUUCAGUCAUCCUCAAAGCCUACCCGCCCAUCAGCGUUACUAACGGCGGCCUUAACUUUGCCGUUAACCCGUCCCUGAACAACACCCCCCCUUCCACCGACCCAAAUUCCCUGACGGACCUCGCCUCCUUCUGGAGCGGUGUCUCCCUCGCCUACCGCUACUGCACCAACAUCAUCGCCGCCGGCGGCUACUGCUUCAGCUACAUCUACCCGCUCGGCAACAACUCCUUCCGCUUCACCUCCUCCCAACUCAUCCCAAACAUCACCGCCCCCGCCUACCGCGCCCUCCUCCAACCGCUCUACACGCAGCUCUCCACCCUCCACAACAUCCCCGUCACCCUCCCCACCACCAUCACCUCCUCCCUCUACGCCGGCAACGGCCGCCGCACGGGGUCCGGCGACUUCCCCGUCAACACGCGCUACCGCUCCCGCCUGUUCCCCGCCCGGGUAUGGCAGAACGACACGGCGUGGGCCGACGUCUUCGACGCCAUCCGCGCGGGCGUGGAAGAGGGCGGGUACAACUUCCACGGCAUCGCGUAUUCGCCCACCACCGAGAUCGCGGGCUGGCCGGGGGCCGACAGCGCGGUGAAUCCGGCGUGGCGCGAGACGGCGCUGCACGCCAUCUUCAUGGAGGUGGUGCCCGUGGGGCUGAGCGCGGCGCAGGCGCGGGCGGCGGACGCGCGGGUGCAGGCGUAUGUCGACCGGUGGCAGGCGCUGAUGCCCGAGGCGGGCGCGUACAUGAAUGAGGGGGAUCCGGCGGAGCCGGAGUGGCAGGCGAGGUUCUAUGGGGAGAAGUAUGCGCGGUUGGUGGAGGUGAAGGGGCGGUGGGAUCCGUGGGGGGUGUUUUGGGCUAGUACCACGGUGGGGAGUGAGGGGUGGGAGGUGGUUACGGAGGAUGGGUAUCCGAUGGGCCAGAAUGGGCGGUUGUGUCGGGUUGGGAAGGGGGUGUAACCUCGGGAUGCGGUGAAGGAUUGCCGGAUUGGAAGCAACUCUGAGUGGUAGUUUCUAGAUCAUCACGCUCCCUUGCAUGCCUACCAUCACAGAGUGUUUGAUGACUUUCCUGAAGUUCGAUGGUGUUAGUUGGGGCCCCGAAUCCAGAAACAAUACCAUGGUUUUCGCU